CUUUCAUCAUUAACGUAGGUUUAAAGGUUUCGAACAGUUUAGAAUAAUUAAUAAUAUCCAUUAUUUGUUCACAUAGAGUGGAAAAUGAAUAAUGCGGACAAGAUUUCACCAAAUAUUGUUGUCAAUUCAACAUCCACUUCACCUGCCAAAUCACCACAAGCAUCCAAUAACAUUCCACCAGUUUCCAAUAAGAAAGUUGUGACCAUCGCAUCGCCAACAACACCAAAACAACCAACAACACAAGUUGCUUUCGUAAAUCCAAGUGAAAGUGGGAAUUCCAGAACGUCCUUUUCAAAAUUUAAAGUUCGUACCUGUUGUGGUGUGGUUGAGUUGACUGCCAUGAAAUUGGCAUGUUUACUUGGCAUGUUAGUGACAGUGAUGGGAUUAUUAGUAUUAGCUGGAGUUGCCAUUGCUGCGUUCAUAACAGUUUCAUCCAAAUCAACUGAAAUUCUAAUAAGUGUUGGUCAAGUAACAUCCAUAUUCGAAAGUUCAAACUCAAUCAUUGUAAAGUACAUCUUUACAGGAAUCAGCUACGACGAAACUCAAUUCAGUCUAGUUUCAGCACAAUACAGAAAUGCCUCCCAAUCCGUCAAAUCAAUCCUCAAAAACAUUCAACUCACUCUCAACGAUCCAAAAAUCCAAAUCAUGCUCAAUGCAACAACAAUCGAAGCAUCCAACAUGUUAGAUUCUCAAAAUACUCAAAUUAAUUUGUUUAUAUUGAGAGGACAGAAAGGAGAUGCGAUUGAAAGAUUGAAUUCUCAAGUGUAUAAUGGAUACUUGGAAAGGUUUAGGGGAGGAUUGGAGGAUUUGGUUUCGUAUGUGCAGGAGAAGGAAGGUGAUAAGGAUGAGAAUGUGUUGGCGAUUACGUUGGUUCAGUUGAUUGUGAUUUGUUUUUCAUUGGUUGUGAUAUUACCAAUUAUAGUAUUUGUGUUUACGUUUGCAAUUAAUAGAGAUUCAUUGUAUUUGGAAAAGAUUCGUCGUGCAAAUGCAAUCAUGUUGAUGGAUACGAUGGAAGACGAAACUUUGAGAGCUAUUUUCAAAACUCAUUGUGAAAAGGAAAAGUCAAUGGAGAAUUUCUUACUUCUUGAAAAGAUUCAAUAUUAUCGUUCGUUAUGUGAACGAUCAAUUGAGUUGCAAAUGAGAAUGUUUGGACAUGAUUCGAAUAUAAGUGAUGUAUCAAGUGAUACUUCAGCCGAAUCUGCUAGCUCUGUAAAAAAGAAGAAGGAAUCACCACUAGAGAGGGAAUAUAACGAAACGGAAGCUAAAAAGUAUGAAGUUGCAUUUGAGAUUUUUACUGAAUUCUUGGAAGUGACUGGUGAAAUGGCUGUCAAUGUGUCACAUGUUUUAACUGAUUCUGUCAAGGAUUAUCUUGACAAGUUCAAUGAUAAGCAAAUUGAAACUCUACCAGAUACCAUGUUCAAUAUUUUAGAAAAGGAAACAUGUCUGGUCAUGAUGGACACACAUCAUCGAUUCAAACAAUCUCUUGCUUUCCAACGUGAAAUGAAAAUUGACAAGAUUAAGGUUGACAAAUUGAAAAAGAAGAAGAAUGAAUUUUAAGUUAUUGCAUAUGAAUAGAUUGUCUUCUAACAAAGUACUUCUGAACUUUCAGUUUUACUGUUCAAUUACAACAAAUCACGUUUCGAUUUUUAAGAAUACUCACGUUAAUUACGAAAUAAAAAAGAAGAUU